UCCGAAGACCUCUGGCAACCGUUGACGGGGCGUCAUAUAAAUAGGCGGACGUCGACUCCAAACAGUACACAACAUCAAGCGGUCUCAGUCCCAACCUUACAGCCAAAAUGAAGUGGAUUUUUGUCGUCCUGGGGGUCUUCGUCGGCGCGGCCUGGGGAGCACCUGUCGCGGAAGAGCCCCUGUUGGUGGUCGUGGAAGAUGACGCCCAGCAGUCUCUGGCUAUCAUCAACGCCGACCAGCAGCAGCCGUUCGUGCCCAUAGAGAUCCCAGAGGACAACAACUUCCGUUACCUGACGAGGGACUUCGAAGGAGCCACCUACCAGUUCGGCUACAACACGGGCAACACCGUCGACGAGAACGGGGUACCCCAGGCUAACAUGUACCGCCACGAGAUGAGACGGCAAGACGGUACGGUUGUCGGACGGUACGGCUAUGUGGAUCCAGAGGGAGUGGAGCGUACCUUCAACUACGUGGUGGAUGAGGAUGGAUACAGACUUCUGGAGGCCGGGGACUUGUUGGCACUUGAUGUUGUGGAGGAAACGCCCCAAGAUGAAGAAGAGGCGAACAAGGCACGAUUGGACUUACCUCUUGAAGAACAGAGAACUCCCAUCGCCCUUCCGGUUAUCCCCGAAGGUGCUACCGACCUGAGCAGGGACGCUGGCACCUACGGGUAUAUCACUGUUCUUUAAAAGAGAGAGAGAGAGGAAGGGAGGAGGAGGAGGAAGGAGAGUAGAAGACGCGUGAGGAAAUCGUGUUAAGGAAGAUGAAAGAAAAAGAAGAGAUAGUAGCUGUAAAGAUAGCGAGUUUUUUGUUUUUAAUUCGCGUUUUUUAAUACGGGUAAAUUUCUAUGUUCUUUUCUUUCUCUUUGUAAUGAGUUAACGCGAGCUAAGAAAAAAAAAGGAAAAUGAAUGCUCAAGCAAAUACAAAAAAAAUAAAAAAUCCUUAGCUUGCGUUUGCUCAUUAUCUAUUUAUUUAUCUAUUUAUUUAUUUAUUGAAUUUUUUUCUAUACACCCUCGUUCUUCUGGUGACGGUGAACAGGGUGUCGAGAAUUGCACUGUUGACAAUCUCAUGUUUAGGGCCGGUUAUUCACUGUUAUUCAUCUGUGAAUAAGAGACCCUGUUCUUUUUUUUUUUAAUUCUUUACUGACUUUUGUGACCUGACUUUUUUACUUGAUUUACUUGACUUACGCGACUUUUGUUUAUACAAAUGACUAUUCUUAUUUUCCUUAAGACAGCAUUACUGCUUUUUUUUUUUUUUUACAGAUAAGACACUUUUGUUUUCUAUUAAAUACUUAAUGACUUUUUACUUGACUUGUGACAGACAGACAAACAGAUCUCAUAUAUAUACAUAUAUAUAUACAUAAUCAUUAAAAAAUCAAUUACAAAAAUAAGACUAUUUACUUGACUGACUUUUGUUACUGACAGACACAGACAUCAUCAUAAAAUAAUAAACUUAAAAAAAAAAAACAUAAAAUUUUGUUUUAGAAAAUGUGAAAAAUAUAUUCAAAACAGAAAAAUCAGCAAAUGAAACAAUAUACAGACAUGACGCAUAAACUUUAAUCAAAUGCCAGUAUUUUCGACACAGACACGAAAAAAAAAAAUCUUAAAAGAAUACAAAAAAUGACUUAGACAAUUGUUUCUCUUUAAACUGGUAUCUUUGACAUUUGUUAUUGAAGCUUUAAGUAUGUGUGAAUGUUGUUAAUUGUUAUAUUUGUUAUUAUUGUUACCAUAACAGUCCCCAACCACGUAAAAUUCUCAAAAAAAAUAAAGUUGUUACCAAAAA